GGUCCUUGCAGCCAGUCACUCAGUAGUGCCGGGAGGAAAGAUGGUGGCAGAGCGGUUGCUGCUGUGUGUGGUCGCGGCGUUACAGGCGAUAUCAACGUAUGGCGUGGAACUGUCGUCAGAAGCAUGCAGAGACCUUGGGUUUUCAAGUAACUUAUUGUGCAACUCCUGUGGCCUUCUUGGGGAGUUUGACCUGAAGGGGAUCGAACCAGCAUGCAGGCAGUGUUGCCAGGAAGAGGCACAAUUAGAAUCAAGAAAGAUGUAUGCAGGAGCUAUUCUAGAGGUCUGCGGAUGAAAAUUGGGGAGGUUCCCUCAAGUCCAGGCUUUUGUCAGGAGUGAUAAGCCCAAGCUAUUCAAGGGUCUGCAAAUCAAGUAUGUGCGUGGCGCUGAUCCUGUACUGAAGCUGCUGGAUGACCAUGGGAACAUCUCUGAAGAACUCAGCAUCACCAAAUGGAACACAGACAGUGUAGAAGAAUUCCUCAGUGAAAAAUUGCACCGUUUAUAAUCUGUCAAACAUAUCAUCUUUUCUGUGCAAUGCAAACUCCCUUUUACAGAUUCAAAGCAGCCUGCAGAUUGUCCCGAAAAAAAAAU